AUGAAAAGCUGCUGUUCUUUACUUCUUCUGACCUUUAUGAUUACAUAAUGCUUUGCUUUAUACGAUGCAGAUUCCAAAGUGAUCAAACUUACUAAAGAUAAUUUCAAAUAAUUGGUCCUUGAUUCAGGUGAACCUUGGCUAGUCGAGUUCUUCGCUCCUUGGUGUGGUCAUUGUAAAGCUUUAGCCCCAGAAUAUAAUAAGGCUGCUAAAGCUUUAGAUGGAAUUAUCAAAAUAGGUGCAUUAGAUAUGACUACUGAUGGAGAGGCUGGAUAACCUUAUGGAGUCAAUAGUUAUCCAACUAUUAAAUUCUUUGGUGUAAAUAAAGCAGAUCCUAUUGCCUAUGAGGGAGAAAGGAAAAAGAAUGCAAUAGUAGAUUAUCUUUUGGAUAGAGCUAGAGAAAUUGCCCUAAACAGAUUAGGAGUUGAAAUCAAGCCACAACCAGCAAAUGACGAUUCCAAAGUUGUUGUUCUCACUGAUUCUAAUUUUGAUGAGCAGGUUAUCAAUAGUUAAGAAGCCUGGUUUGUUGAAUUCUAUGCUCCAUGGUGUGGACAUUGCAAGUAGCUCUAACCAGAAUGGAAUAAAUUAUCACAUUAAGCCGAUAUUCCAAUAGCAAAAGUUGAUGCUACUGCUUAAACUGCAUUAGCUAAAAGAUUCAAUGUUGAGUCAUAUCCAACAAUUUACUUUUUCCCUGCUGGAAACAAAAAGGACACUCAUAAGAAAUAUGAGGGAGAAAGAAAUUUGGAUGCUCUUUUGAAAUAUAUUAAAGAAUAAAAACCAGUUGAUGGUUAAUCAGUUGUUACAGAGGUGAUUCAAAUUACUUCUGACGAAAAAUUAAACUAGAUUUGCAACACCCUCUGUGUUUUGGGAUUCUUACCAAGUGACAAGAAAGAAUAAGAAGAUGCUCUUUAAAUACUGAAGAAAACAUCUUUGUCAUUGACAGGCAGAGCUAACUUAGGGUGGUUUGUCGGAGAAUAGUUUGAUGAUUUCGAGGCUGAAUUGAGUGUCAUUGGAGAAGGAUAUCCUCAGGUUGUGGCUAUUGAUUUGAAUUCAAAGAAAUACUAUAGAUUUAAAAAAUAACUAACAGUUGAAAAUUUAAAUGAAUUUGUUAGAGGAGUUAUCAAGAAAAUUGAAUCUGGAUAAUCAUUCUCAAGUUUACCUAAAUUAAAUACCUAGAAAUAAGAUUUGUGA